CUCCCGCCCACUCAUCCUUACCCGCCCGCACACUCGUCCAGUCAUUUAGCCCCGCUGCCACCAGUGUCCCGUGUCCGACCGCCGCCACGGUUGCGAUCGUACGGCGGCGGCGGCGGCGGCUGUACGUGUCUCGCUCUUUCGGCGUAGGGACCCUAGUUCCAGUGUACCGCCGCCGUUCAGUACGCCACAGGACACCAGUACACCGGCACGUCGCUGCCACCCGCGUUCACUGGUGACGACCAAACAGCGUCCCCUCCCCGUACAUAUCUCUCGCUGUUCCCGGUUCCCCUCGACAUCGCAGCCCAAACACACACGCGCGCCCGCGCACCAGUUUUCCCGAGUUUUUCGCUGCAUUCACUCAUCACUACAACCACCACCUCCACUCCCACCGCCACAACCAACCCGACCGCAACAUCACCAACAACGCCACCACCAACCCUGCCGCCGAUCCUUCCAUUGACCCCGCCACCUCUGCCGCUGUAAACACUGACUCUGAUACCAUCCCGUCAAACGCACCGAGUAUAUACGUUCACUCGUGUCCGGAGACUCUCCGGCGGCGUGUCAACAUUGAACAAUCACACCGGCACCGGAGCAACUGUUUCUUUGUUUUGGCCAAGUUUGGAUUUGGUGUUUUCAACAAUCGCAAACUAUCAUCGAGUGAAAAUGGACCUGAUGAAAGUCAGCGUCGUAUUAUACAUCUCAUUAAUUUUAAUGCUUAAUAAGUAUUCGGAUUGUACGACACAUCCUCGGGUCAAAAUGUAUGGGCCUAAGGUAACAGUUGUUGAUCGCCGGAAACCCGAAACGAAAAUUGGAUCUGAUGUCAAUGAUGAAGUAAAAAUUAUUUCCCAACCAGAACACUAUUUGGAUGAACCUAGUUGUCUCGAAUUGCGUAUAAUGUGGCGUACUUCACAACGGCAGAAUCAAUUGACGCAAUCAGCUAAUAGUAUACCGAUGGCUUUUGAUCCAUUUGCAUUUAGUGCAUGGGAGGAUUAUAUUAAACCGAGGUACAUAAACAGGCAAAAAUCAAUGAUGUUCGAACGAGCAAUACCAGACAGAUAUCAUAUCUACAGACAACUUAGACCCUUUGAAAAAAUCGCUCGUUUAACCACUACCACAAGAGCUAUUUUAGACGAUCAAUUAACCAGAAAAGCAAAUUUAUUUCGUUUGGGUUAUCCUUUAGCAAAAAUACCCUUGAUAUCCAUGCGUUUGACGGCCAAAGAUAGAUUCCAAGAACUAAAACAACUCAUGCGCCAUGAAAAAUCAAAAGACUAUCAAAAUGGUGGUGACGAAAAUGAAACAUUUUCCGUUGUUCCGAUCACUACAAUUACUUCCAAUGAAACUGGUAAAAAACGACCGGGAUAUGAAACAUUAAUGUCACGACCUAGACAUUUUUCACAAGGGCACUAUAUGAACAUGAAACCAAACAUUGAAGAAAUCGAAGAUAAUUUGACUCCAACAGUUUUACCACAAUAUAAAUCUUCACCGCUUAUCAAUUCAUGGAAUUCUAGAUGGUAAAUGUCAUAAAGACAAUAUUGCGUCGACAGUGAAGCCCUGAAUAU